CUACAGGCGCGUUCUUGUUCGCAUUGAAACGAGUGCGGGUAGCCUGCCAUGGGUGCCCGGUCCGCCUCCAGUCAAGGAGCUUGAUACUUGGGCAGGUAUAUACCCGCCUUUCUGGAAUCACGAUGGCAGCAGGAAUCUGCUGGGAGUUCCUCUGCCCAAGUCAAUAUUCAAUUUGACCCAGACAACUUCUUUUUUGAUACCGAGUUGGCGGUAUCACUUCUCCUUUCACUUCUUAAUCUUUUCUUUCUCUGCUUCUUAUGGCUGGGCCAGUGGCCGUUUUCUUAUCCCCUUGAACAACCUGACCAGCAUCUGUUGCAGGCGCCAGCAGAUCGGAAAAUAACACAGGAUUGGAAGCACACUUGGACGACAACUGAGCAUUGGGGCUGUUGUAUUUUUGACCGUUUACUCGGUUUUCAUUCAUUCUCAACUGGAUCUAGCUUUACAAAAUGGCAGUCGAGUCAAGGGGCUCGACGAGCUCGAGGCUCGGCCGCAGCCUCAUGGCGGUGCCGUUUUUUCUCCUUCUUGGCACCAUCGUUAUACUGAUGCGGAACGGCGGGGAAACCGAUGUGUUGGGUCAGAUAUCAAGAAGGGUAGGCAGCGAUGACCGGACCGGGGUGGUCAACGAUUUCGGCCCCUGGCGGGAGACGAUCGAGACCUUCAUAUCGCCCGAGACGGCCGAUGCGAUCGAGCGUGAUCGUCAGCUCCGCCGCAGUGUUGGUGCCGCUGUCGACUUCACCCGCGGCCUGACCAAAGAUCUCGCCGAGCGCUUCGAAUUGCCCUCCCUGAUGGAAGCCUCGGACAGCCUCGCACUGGUCAGGAAGAACCUUGAGGGCGGCGGCACCAGGGGCACACCGACGACUCCCGGCUCCCCGUCACUCAGCAAGCGCCAACAGCUCUUCCCUAGCGUUUCGGGCCUGCCAGGAAUCCCGGGGAUCACAGCGCCACUAUUCGGGGGUUCCACAAAACCUGAUGCGACAAGGGAUGCGAAUGCACCCGCGACAUCAACGGAAGCAUCAGGCGGCGGCCUGCUCGCGGGCCUGGGCAACAAGGCGCUUGACGCCAUCCUGUCACCGCUCAAGGAUGCCGUGAGCGGUAUCACCAGUAACCUGGCCGGCGCCGGCAUGUUUUUGGGUAUCGGUAUCGGCGCCGGCGCAGCGCAGGGCCUCAACCUGUCGUCUGCUGACUCGAUCAACAAACUCGCCGCCAAGAUUGCCGCCGACAACGGCCAUAAAGCCACGGGGCUAAACCCCACCAUCCAGAGCCUGGGCCAGGGCGCAUCGGCUGCCAUCAUCGGGGCCCUCAACGUCACGGGUGGCGGCGGAGGCGGCGGCGCCCUGAAAUCUUUCAACAUCACGUCGCUGCUUGGCGGCGAGGCGCUGUCUAGCGUCGCUCUCAAGUUUGCCGAUGGCCUCGGCUCUGGCGCCGCGUCCGGGCUCAAGCUAGGGGGCAACAACACACAGGUGGCAGCGCCGCCAUCCGGAUCCAAGGCCAGUGAUGUGGCGGGCGCCUUCGCCUUUGGCCUGACAAACUCGCUCACCCGGAGCGUGGAUCUUUCGGGCGGGCUGUCUGGUAUAACUGGCGGCAAGGGGCUGGAUCUAUCGGCGGUGGGAAAUAUAUUCCCAGGUAUCAACCUGGGCAGCGUAGCCCAGGGUUUCGCCAGGGGGUUUCUCCAAGGUGCGAGCGACUCGAUCGAAGCCAUGGGUGGCAUCAAGUCUCUCAUGAACGGGACGGCGCGCAUCCCGACCACGGUGCCCAACGGCACCAUCGGCUUCAACGACACAGUGGGCGGCGCCUCGAGCGGCUUCGGCCAGGGCCUCGGAGGCCAGGGUGUCCUGGUCGCGACGCAGCUUGUCGCCGAGGCCUUCCCCAACGUCGUCAGUACCAAAAGUUCCAACCAGGCUGGCGGCAAGGUGACAAGCCGUUCUCUCGACGUUGUCCUGCCGCGCCAGCUGGGUGGGGGCGGCGGCAACAACGGCCAGGGGGUCACGAUCGGGUUCGGCCCGUCGCUGAACCUGUCGGCCAUCAUCAACGCGGCGACCGUCUCGAGCGGGCUACAGACGAUCGUGGAUCUGCUGCGCUGCGAAGGUAUCAGCGGCUUUUUCCUGAUCCUCUCGGGCCUGAAAAAGAGCGGCACCCUGCCGAAUAAGUCGGGGGACAUAAACACCACGCUGGGGCCAAACGUCACGGCCACCAUCCGCGACAUUAUACCCAACGGCACCAUUUCCUUUGUGAGUAGCGGCAACAGGUUCGAGAUUGAGGGCCAGCUCCUCCUCAACGCGCUCGUGGGCUCCAUAUCCGAGGCUGCCGACGGUAUCAAGAUCAAUGGCAACAAGCUUGUCACCUUUGCCGCCCUGCUGAUCGUCCAUAUCCUUAUCGCGGUCCUCGUUUUCGUCGCGGUGCUCCCCCUGGCCAUGGGCCUCGAGGGCGCGCGCAGCAUCCUCUCCCGGGCGCAGCUGCCGCAGGCGCUGCCGCGGCGAACCCCGCGCUGGGUCGGGAUCCUGUGGCUGUUCGUCACGGUGCCCUCGCUCGUCCUCAUCGUGGUCUUUGGCGCCCUCGUCACCGGCGACAAGCCCGGCGGCCACUUCCGCACGACGCACUCCAUCGUCGGCCUGAUCGCCGUCAUCCUGGGCAUCCCGGCCACGGCGCUCUACUACGCCGACUCGCGGCUACCGGACCUCAAGGCGCGCAUCACGCGUGCGCUGGGCGGCGGCGGCGGCGGCGACCAGGCAAAGGCAGAGGCGCGCUUCAUCCUGCUGCGCGCGCUGUCGAACCAGGUCUUCCAGACGCUCGGCACCUCGGCCGUCCUCACCGGCUUCGCCGACCUGGCCGCCGUCUCGCUGUGUCUGACCACCGUCAUCGUGUCCUUCGAAGCCGCCAUCGCCGUCGGCUUCGCCAUCGCGAGCGUCUCCAACGUCGGCCAGCUGAUCGCCUGGCUCGACUUCUACAUCGCCUGGCGCGUCUCGCGUAGCGGGACAAAGAACCAAGGCGGCGGUGGCAAGGUCUCGCCUUCCUCCGGGUCCGGCACCGACAGUUACGGCCGCGGCCGCGGCCCUCCGAGGGGACCCAUCCGUGAGAUGAGGAGGCUUUACAGCGAAAAGGUGUAGAGCAUGUGUGUCUAGCUGUAUUACCACUCAUCUUGUAUUCCUUUUUUUUUUCUGUUUUCUUUUUUCACCACUUUUUGUUGCUGUGCUGCGUGCUCCCUGUCUAGGGCAGCCGGCCUGCACUCAGGAAACGCGCUCAAGAUUAUCAAGCCCCCUCCCUUUUAUAUUCAUAUGUACCAUCUUCUCACCCAACCCCCUGUAUGUUUUAUUGUUUACUUGUCUAUACCUCGGUAGCUAUAUACCUAGUCAAAUUAGCCUUUCUUUUCCUUGUUCGAACAAAAUAAACCCCCUCUUCGC